AUGUCAAACGCUAGGCGUAAGGAGAGCGUUCACAGCAAUUCUCCUUCUAGUGAGAUCUCCAACAAUGAACUGGCUCGUUUAAUCACCAACCAAGGUAAAGCAAUGCAGGAUGAAGUAAACAAACUUCGAAGCGAUUUGCGCGAAGAGAUAUCCAGAGCACUAACUGAAAUAAAAGCAGAUCUGGCUGAAGUUGACUCGAAGUUAGGUUGUAUGCAGAAGGAUGUCAACGAUAACUCUGAGGCAAUCGCAAGGUCGAAUUUAUCGAAUGAUUUAAUCAUCAGUGGCGUCCCGUAUACUGAGAACGAAGAUCUUCUACACUACUUCCGAUGCUGGUGCAAAAUUAUGGGCUAUGCUGAAAACUCUGUUCCAUUGGUGGAUAUACGCCGGUUAACCAGAUCACCGCCAAAAGUUGGAAACAGCUAUUUCAUCUUGUUGCAAUUUGCUAUAACCAACCAACGAAAUGAUUUUUUCUUAAGCUAUCUGCGGAAUCACUCUCUGAAUCUGAAUCAAAUUGGAUUUCAAACCAGUAAGCGGGUUUAUGUUAAUGAGAAUCUGACACCAACCACGAGGAAAAUCAAAUCUAUGGCAAUCGAAAUGCGGAAAGCCGGGAAGUUAGUAAGAGUGUCUUCACGUGAUGGGCAGAUUAUUGUCAAAGUCAAAGAAGGUGAAAGGGACGUGAUCAUAAAAACAGAGGAGGACUUGCGACGAGUUGGGAAUGCUGACAGUUAA